AAUCCUUUAUUGUGGCACGCUUCACAGUCCACAAACUCGCUUCGUACAGAGUCAUUAGCAUGUAGGGGCAACGCACGCACACUUGCGGGCACGAGGGCCCCGCGUGGACGCCGGUAUAAAACAGAAGCGCCAGAUUCAGACAAAAGUCUCCUAAAGAGGAUUUGGAGUGUGAGGAGCGCGAGGAGAGCAUCCAGAAAUGAAUAGAGUCACUAGAACCCACAUGACCUCCCCCAUGUACUUCCCUAACAUGGGUACCGCCCCUUUCUUUAAGGUGACUGUCUUUGAUCGGGAGCAUUUCCAGGGCAAGAGUCUGGAGUUCACCUCCGAGUGCAGCAACAUCCACAACUGCGGCCUGGAUAACAUCCGCUCCAUCCGAGUGGAGAGUGGAGCUUGGGUGGGUUUCGAGCACCAUGACUUCCAGGGUCAGCAGUUCAUCCUGGAGAUUGGCGAGUACCCCAACUGGGCCUCCCACAGCGGCUCCCUGUCCUACCACACUGAGCGCUUCAUGUCUUUUCGCCCCAUCUACUGUGCUUCUCACCAAAGCAGCCGUAUGAUGAUCUUCGAGAAGGAGAACUUCACAGGCCGCUGCACUGAGCUGUGCGAUGACUACCCCUCACUGCAGGCCAUGGGCUGGGCCCAGCCUGAGGUGGGCUCCAUGCACGUGCAGUGUGGCGCCUUUGUGUGCUAUGAGUACCCCGGCUACAGAGGCCAGCAGUACAUCAUGGAGUGUGAGAAACACAGCGGAGACUACCAGCAGUGUAAGAUCUGGGGCUCCCACUGCCAGACUCCAAAGAUCCAGUCCAUCAGACGUAUCAGGCACUGAGAGGGAACAGAUCAACACUGGCAGCGGCAACAGCGCCCGCGCUCAGACUAACACCUGGGUGUUGUGCUUCAGGAGCCUGAAUAUGAGCCCAAAGCCUGAAAUUCAGGUUUGAUUCUGAGCUCAGGGCUUCAUUAGUCAGGACCACAAAGUGAUCACAAAACAAAACAUCAGUCCUAUAGAAGCUACCUCUUUAUCACAGCUCAUAUUCAUAGUUCUGUUAAUACUCAAAACUAUUUUGUUUUAUUACAAGUGAAAUAAAUUUUCAAUUCAGAACAUAA